AAAUGCCCUCCCGACAAACCAGUCCUCUCCCCAAAUCUCUCCAGGACCUCCUCAUCGAAGACGAGGAGGAGAUGGAAUGGUAUGGCGAUUAUGAAAAACACCGGACUACCACGGAGGUGCAAUCGGAUCCCGAGGUUGAGACCGAUUCAGAGCAAUCGCAGACAAAAUCGAAGACAGUGAAACUGAAGACAGUGAAAUCGACGACAGGAAUAACGGAGACGGAGAGUGAGACGGCGGAGCACGAGGGGGAGUCUUGAUUUUUUCCUAGGGUUCGUUGUAUAUUAGUGGGCUUAUGGAUAUACUACCACCAGGUAGUAUACUACAUAUUAGCCUAUUCUCUGUGGGAUCUGUCAGUAACAUACAGACCACUUCUUAUCGAGUUAACAUGUACUAUAUAAUUCCAGUAUCAACACUAUACUGUCA